AUGUCUGUGGGGGGUCGUAAUGAACUCAUCGCAAGGUAUAUCAAACUCAGAACGGGAAAGACGAGAACGAGAAAACAGGUGUCAAGUCAUAUUCAGGUGUUAGCAAGAAGAAAAGCAAGGGAGCUCCAAGCACUAUGUAAGGUUUCGAGUCACAUACAGGUUCUGGCCAAGAGAACUGCUCGGGAAAUCACGAAGCAGUUUAAGGUAGGCGACCAGCAAGAUCAAGCAACGAAAGACAAAGCCUUACAGAGCAUGGCAGCGAUGUCAUCAGCGCAAAUCGUCUCGGCCACUGCCUUACAGAACAAAGCCGCGGCCAUGGGUCUCGGAGGGUUAGGGUUACCGGGGGCAGCACCGCUCAGACCGCCUUACCCGGGGACACCGCAAUUAUGGCAGCCCGGGCUUACACAAGCGGGACCGUCACAUGAUAUCAAACCAUUCACAUCAGCCCAGCCUUACCCUCCAACGGCGACGACGGUCAGUGAGUACGCCUCCGUCACGCCAUCAUGGGAAGGGAGGUCGAUUGGUAUGAGGAAGUUACGGCUCGUCGAGUUCCAGGCCUUCAUCGAAAGAACGAGAGAACCAGAAAGCUAUAACAAACAUUUUUUUGUUCAUCUUGGUCCAAACGUCAGCUUCUACGACCCUCUCUUAGAGGCGGUCGAUGUAAGGCAAAUAUACGACAAGUUUCCAGAGAAGAAAGGCGGGCUCAAAGAUCUCUAUGAGAAGGGGCCGUCAGAAGCUUUCUUCCUCGUCAAAUUCUGGGCGGACCUCAAUACGAAUAUGUCAGAUGAAACAGAUGUCUUCUAUGGAGUAACAAGCCAUUACGAAAGUGAAGAAAAGAUGACAAUCACCUGCUCAACCAAAGUCUGCUCAUUCGGCAAACAAGUCGUAGAAAAAGUCGAGACGGAGUACGGGCGGUACGAGAACGGUCACUUCAUCUACGAGAUCUCGCGGUCGCCAAUGUGUGAAUACAUGAUCAACUUCAUCCACAAACUCAAACAUCUCCCCGAGAAGUACAUGAUGAAUAGUGUACUUGAGAACUUCACAAUACUACAAGUUGUCACGAACAGAGACACGCACGAGACGUUACUAUGCAUCGCCUUUGUCUUUGAAGUGUGUACUAGUGAACAUGGGCCACAACAUCACAUUUACAGACUUGUCAAAGACUAGCACAUUUUUUUAUUGCAUAAAGACUUGGGAGAAGACUAUAGCUUUUUACUUACUGUUUCCCACCUGUGUGCAAAGAAACUGCCAAUUCUUCGAUUGUUCUCUUCUCGUAUUUUUUUAAUCGUCUUUUCAACGUUUUUUAUCGCUGCUGGGGAGAGAUGUGAUCUCAAAGAUUCUGUAUCGUUUCUUUCUUGUCAAGAUUUAUAUGGAUUAUAAGCAAAGCAAGAGCUACAAGGUGUCGUCGAAUUUCAAUAAUUAUUUGGAAGGAAACGUCAUUGUAAACGUCAAAUGGGAGUGACCUCUGCAUGGUUCUUUCAACCCUAAGUGAAUUUGCUCUGAGCCAAUCGGAUGGAAGGAUUUCAGUAGCUUAUAACAAUCAAUGACCAUUUGUUUCAUGACAUACGCUUCUGGACAGUUCAUGAGAAGGAAUUAAAUGUCGAACUAAACGUCCAAGCAGUAACAUUUUGGCAUCGUUCCCUCAAUGCUGCUGUGUUCGCACCCAAAGAGUGAUGGAUUCAAACGUCGGGUGAAACGUUCAAAGAGUUCACUCUACUACAGCACGACUUUCUACUCGAAGGCACCGCAUUCUGACAUAGCUUUGCGACGCCCGUUGCCAACUUAAAUCUUCAAGCGCUUCACAGACGCACCUUUGAACUGUCAGAUCCAAGUUCUUGAGACUUCUUUGUUUCUCUGCGACACUCCCUGAAGCAUUUUCCUCUAUAGAGACACACCUUUGCGCAGUCAGACCAAGUUCUUAGUACAUCUGGUGACGCCUGUGAAACAUCAGUUCCUCACAGAUACCUUUUCGCUGUCAAAUCCAAGUUUUCAAAAUCACCCUAUACCCUGUCAGUGCCCUUCUACUUCUACAACACAGCAUCCUAUGAAGCUAUCAUCCAAAUAGCUAUCGAGGCCUUUCAUGCCUUUCUACAACCAACUCUUCUUCGGUAAGCACAGAGCUUACUUAUGUCAUCAAUUUACCAAUGACCGCUGAUGCACGAGAGUACCAGUAUUCAAGUUUGCAUGUUGGAGAUGAACGUCUGCUACACUGUAUUGUGAAGUCUUCAAA